ACUCUGCGUAGCGAUGCGGGGCUUGCUUUUCAAUGCUGGAAAACUAACGGUUAAUGCGCCUUCCUCGUUCAAUAUACUAAUUUCUGACUCAAAACCCGAGAUUCCUUCGCUCAAAUCGCGCCCGGAAAACUCAAGCCCGAUGCGAGAACGCGCUUAGUGACUGCGCGCCGGAUCUGCGGCGCCCGGGAACAUGAGUUCAUCGGACGACAGGAAGCGACUCAGCCCCCAAGAACCGCUCAUCACCGAUCCGUCGACGUCGGGAGAACCCCGGGAAGCCGCGGACGACCACGCCAGACGCACGACACGACGACGCCGGGCCCGUCUGGACGUCAAAGAAACGGCGAGCGAAAAAUCUGGCGGCGCGGCGCUCGGCGUAGCGACCACCCUCGGCUCGUCCGCAUCUUCCGCCGCAGCUCCGAGCGAAGACGGCUACUGCCCCGAGGAAGACGCCAUGAACCAUAGUAAGCAACAGCAACAACACCAGCAGCAGGCUCGAGCGGCGGCGGCAGCAGCCGCGGUGUCGCAGGCUCCAACGGCACUGCCACCGACAUCGACGCCAACGGGGGCGCCGACGAACCACCACAGCGGCGGAGGUAACCCGCGGUCCCACCCGGACGGGGAGCCCCAAGACCUUGACAGCGAACAGGACGACCCCACCGGUCUGGAGGGGGCUGCCUUCCAGAGUCGGCUUCCCUUCGACAAGAUGACGGCUCAGGAGGCGGCCUGCUUCCCGGACGUGGCCCAGGGCGCCCCGCAGACGCAGAAGGUCUUCCUCCACAUCCGCAACCGCCUGCUCCAGCUGUGGCUGCAGAACCCUAAGCUCCAGCUGAUCUUCGAGAACGCGCUGCCGCAGAUCGAGCCGCCGUACAACAGCGACGGCCCGUUCGUGAUGCGGAUCCACGCCUACCUGGAGCGCCAGGGCCUCAUCAACUUCGGCGUGUACGAGCGCAUCAAGGGACCCCCUGCCAAGAAGCACGGCAAGAUCAUCGUCAUCGGCGCCGGCAUAUCUGGCCUGGCGGCCGCCCAGCAGCUCCAGCAAUUCGGCAUGGAGGUGAUCGUUCUCGAGUCCCGCGACCGCGUUGGCGGCCGCGUCGCCACCUUCCGCAAGGGCGGCUACAUCGCGGACCUGGGCGCCAUGGUCGUGACCGGACUGGGUGGGAACCCCGUGGCCGUGCUCAGCCGCCAGAUCAAGAUGGAGCUGCACCGGAUCCGGCAGAAGUGUCCGCUGUACGAGUCCAAUGGCGCCACAGUGCCCAAGGACAAGGACGAGAUGGUCGAGCGGGAGUUCAACCGUCUCCUGGAGGCCACCUCGUACCUCUCCCACCAGCUGGACUUCAACUACGUGCAGAGCAAGCCUGUGUCGCUGGGCCAGGCCCUCGAGUGGGUCAUCAAGCUGCAGGAGAAGCACGUCAAGGAGAAGCAGAUCGAGCACUGGAAGCUCAUCCUUGAGAUGCAGGAGAAGCUCAAGGCCAACCAGAACCGGAUGCUCCAGCUGCGCGAGCACAUGGAGCUGCUGCGCCAGCAGCACCGUGACCUGGCCGACUCAAAGCUGCAGCGGGACGUCACGCAGGAGUUUGUGCUGCGCAGCAAGCAGCAUGAACUGAGCUGUGCCUGCCGCGAGUGGGACCAGCUCGCCGAGCAGCAGCGGGAGAUCGAGGACAAGCUGCAGGAGCUGGAGGCGUCGCCGCCGAGCGACGUCUACCUCUCGUCACGUGACCGACAGGUCCUUGACUGGCACUUCGCCAACCUCGAGUUUGCCAACGCUACGCCACUCCACAACCUGUCCCUCAAGCACUGGGACCAGGAUGACGACUUUGAGUUCACGGGGUCCCACCUGACAGUCCGCAAUGGCUACUCCUGCGUGCCCGUGGCGCUCGCCGAGGGACUGGACAUUCGGCUCAACACGGCCGUCAAGCAGAUCCGACACGGCAGCGCGGGCGUCGAGGUCCUGGCCGCCAACACACGAAGCAGCGGCGGCCUGGUCAGCUUCAAGGCGGACGCCGUGUUGAGCACGCUGCCGCUCGGUGUCAUGAAGCAGGCCGUGCAGGGCGCGUCGAACCUCCCCAACACAGUCCAGUUCAUCCCCCCACUCCCCGAGUGGAAGGUGAGUGCCAUCCAGCGCCUCGGCUUUGGCAACCUCAACAAGGUGGUGCUCUGCUUCGACCGCAUCUUCUGGGACCCCAACGCAAACCUGUUCGGCCAUGUGGGCAGCACCACGGCGAGCCGUGGCGAGCUCUUCCUCUUCUGGAACCUCUACCGGGCGCCGGUGCUGCUUGCGCUCGUCGCGGGCGAGGCGGCGGCCAUCAUGGAGAACGUCAGUGACGAUGUGGUGGUCGGGCGCUGCCUGGCCGUGCUCAAGGGCAUCUUCGGCAGCGUGCCGCAGCCCAAGGAGACCGUGGUCACGCGGUGGCGCGCGGAUCCCUGGUCUCGCGGAUCCUACUCCUACGUUGCGACAGGCGCUUCCGGCAGCGACUACGACAUCCUGGCCACGCCUGUGACCCCACCGUCAGUCGUGCCGGGCGCCGCGCAGCCACAGUCGCUCCCGCGCCUCUUUUUCGCCGGGGAGCACACGAUACGGAACUAUCCGGCCACGGUUCAUGGGGCCCUCCUCAGCGGUCUCAGAGAGGCCGGGCGGAUCUCGGACCAGUUCCUCGGCUGCCCGUACGCGCCCCCGCGGCCUCAGCCACAGCAGGCGCAGCCCUGAAGUCCGGCAUUCCGCCGCUGGUGGGGCCCGUGUUGAUAGGACGGCGACGUUAGACGUUGCUCGCGCGAAUUGCCGGGAUUGCCGGUCACUUUUACCCGUCACCCCAUCAUGACUGACGAUGUACAGAUUCAUUUACUCUACGGAGCAGUCAUUUACGGAAUCGUUUGAAUAGUGUGUACGGUCUUAACGAAGGUCUCGGUGGCGCUGUUGUGGUAUGGCGCGUGGAAUGCGUCUCUGACUGGUGUGCUUGGCGUUCUAUUUCGCCCGUGCAUCGAAAGUGGUUCCGAAAAAGGGAACAAAUGACGUUGCAAAAGCCGGAGCGUCAGUGUCGUCGGAUGUCGCGAUCCUGGUGGUUGGGCGUAGAAGUUUCGGAAAAAAUCGCGAGAGAAUGCAAGUGUCACCGUCGUCACAACAUCUCAACUCGCGGCUGCCGAAGCUUCCGAGGACUGUCAAGCUCGAGAGCGACCAGCAACGGAACAGGCGUCUGCCACAUUCUCCACCGCUGUUGUGAUCCUACUGGGAUCGCAAUCGGCGACAAUGUGACACUUUUAUAACGUGAUCGGGCGGAUAUCCACUGUUACGGACGCAGGAAAUGCACUAGUCAGAGAUGCGUUCCAGACACCACAGUUUAUGGAGUUCAAUGUUCCUGUUUUACUUUCCUCCCGUCGAUGUGAAUUUUCGUGUCCUUCCGUGGCGCAGGUUUUCACACCGGGCACUCUCGUCGACUCUUAAUUUCGAUUCGCGAUUAGCCGGAAAACGAUCUGUCCAUCUGGCUCACGAACAUCCGAGGAUCUCUUCCUGUGUGGAGUGAUGUUUUUAUCAUUGUUUUGUAGACCAUGUUGAAACGUGUAGUGUAGUACCUGAAUAUCACGAUAGUUUGUAGGUUGUUGGAGUGUUUUAGGUACCCAAGAUCCCUUCUUUGUAUACAAUUGUAGGUUGAUCAACUUCCGACACAUUGCCCUCGGAAUGUGCGAGCAGUCACGAUUUCACGUUAGUCACUUGGAAGAGCUAUAUUAGACGAGCACACCUUUGUUAGGAGGCAGCCGUGGUUGCAAUCUUUUGUUGCAACAGGCUUUGCACAUGGAGGCAAUUUUUAAUACGGUGCAAUUCACUUACAGCGAUAAUGAGAAAACACGGAAAUUCAAUCAUUAUGACUGAUUAUCGUAAUAUUUGGACUAGAAAGUAAGCGUUUCUGGGUGUAGAAAUUGAUUGUUAUAAGCAGUACAUUGUUAUAUCUGGUAUCAUUAUGAGUGAAUUGCACCGUAGUGCUACUAUGGACAAGUGUCGCAUCGGGGGACUAGUUUAUUGUGGUGCCCACCGAAAUGGUCUCGGAUCUUUCACUUUUAUCGGCCCAAUCAUGUUCAAGAUCAUAUUGUUGCAUGUCUCUCUUUUUUAGCCUCAUUCCUACGUGGUUUCACAAUAUGCCUUGGUGACAUCGCUCAUAAUGGACCUUUUCCAGUAAGCUUUUGCACAUGCAUACGCCCUUUCCCUGUCCUCGCUUCCCGAUGCUGCCGUUCUCGGAGGGCACCGUUCAGCGCGACCAAUAAUUAUCAGCAUCUGCCUUUGCUCAUAUUUUGUCUUCCUUGAUGAUUCUUUCUUGAGCUUCAGUAGCAUUGGGCAUAAAAAGCAACAAAAACCGAUACAACGGCACAAUGCCGGUGUGUUCUGGCGGCAGAGGCAUGUUGGGUUGCCCUUCAUUUGUAGUUUGCAGACAACAACCCUGACUGCGCUCGUUAGUUGAAAAAGGUCCAUUGUUCAGACCCUCUUCACCGGUUUUCACUAGUUGUGUAGGAAGUCCCACCUCUGUCUGCCCCAAAAGUUGCCUUGUUGCCAACUAAAAUGUUAUCCUCAUUGUGCUACCAGUUGAUAUUGUUUUCUUUCACUUGGAUUUCAGUGGAAUAUUAAGAGUAGCCUUUAAAUACACCCCAGCCGUAUUGAAUUGUGCUUUUUAGGUGUUGAGUUUACUACAUACCAUUGCAUGGCAAGCUGUAUUCAUUAAGAAUUGAAAAAAGUUAUCUCGAUAGCCAUUAAAUUUUUUUGACAUUAAUGACCUACUAUGGAAGACAUCAGUGGGGACCGCUUGUUGUGUCCGCAAUUGAAACCUUGUCAAAUCCUGCUUUGGUUACCGAGCUUAUUUUGCAGCAUCUCCUGACCCUUUUGUGUCCGAUUUAGAAAUGUGAAAUGGUUCAAUAUUUCAAUUUCAGGUGGCUUAAAGGACAACUCCAGUCAAUUCCAACAUAAUUGGAGUUAAUGGUUGAUGAUAUAUCCCAAGAGGUCUGUCAUCACCUCCAUGCUCUAACCACAUAGUACUAAUCGUAACGUCACAUACGAGGCGGCCGGGCGCAGCCUAGAAAGUGAAGUUUAGUGAACCAUAUGUUAAUAGGUUGCGACGGGUUUGUAGAUGUAAUCCGUGCUCAAUAUCGCAAACUGUCUGGCUCGCACAGGAGCGCACCAGUGCAUGUGCGUUAUGCAAAUCACGUGGCCAUUGAUGAGCGCACUGCUAGCGCUGUCCGUAGUGUUUGCUUGAAAAGUACAAAACAAGCGAACGAAUCUCCUCGAGCAUGACAUAGGUAGUGCAAGAUGGGCUGUGCCGACACGGUGGUAUUGACUGCGCUUUUGGCUAUGCUGCGCCUCGCGCGUCAGGAGCAGUAGAUUUGGUAAUUUUGCUCGCCUCAAACUUAAACAGUUUCAUAAUCUUUUAAGCAGAAUUAGAGUAAAACAUUUGGUGUGUGGUCUUUUUAGACGAUACUCAAAAGAACUGCUUUGUUUGCUUAACAUUGCAAAUGAACCAGAGUUGCCCUUUAAGACAGUUUGCUCUUUGCAGCCUUAUUUGGAUAUAGAAUACAUUGCUUUUCUUUAAAAUGGUUUAUGUAAUUUUCUCAUUCAUCCCCUAAAUGCACAUAUUAGAAGAUAGAUUCUGUGGAUUAGUGCAUAAACACUACAAGUCAUUAGCAUGUGAACUGAAAGCUCAUGCUGCAGUUUUUGACGUUAUGAGCUCAAUAAUUCCCUCCUGUUUUUGAGAUGGGUGGAUUUUAAUGUAAACGGUUUCCUGGUUAGCAGCCGUAAUACACUGGCCAAAUUGCCCGUUUACAGUAGCGACAUAAGGCACCAUUUCAGGCCAGACUUGAGUUUGCCCUGUCACGGUCACUGUGUUCGCACAGGGUGUUGCUGUUGGUCACACAUUUUUACUCCAGCUCUCGGAUUAUGACAGCAUAGCCAGGCACAGGCGCCCGAGCCUAGCUCAGCGGAAUGCCUCGUUUGUAUGAGAACUUGUGCAUAAGAGCACUUUCCAGAGACCUUUGAAUCAUGGUCGUGCUUUUGUUGCUGUAGCAGAUGCUGCAGAUGUUUGCGAUGUAGAGUACAGUAUGGAAUGUUUACGAAUGGUGAAAGCCGCAGAUUUUUGUGUCUCUGGUCACUCUUGUCAUGGGAUGGUGAUGCCCUUCAAGAAAGUGCAGUUGGUGUGGCUGUGGAUGGAAGCGUAUGUUUCACGUGCACUCCCAUUGUGCCAAAAGUGAAUUGAUGGAGUUUGCUCUGUGUGGAAAAGUGACCGUGCCAUUGCUUAAAUAUGAUGGCUUUUAAUUUUUUUUUAACUAUUGCACAUUGUUUGUAAAAUUAAAUACCACUCAAAAACCUUA